GGAUGGACUCCGCUGGCCCUCCACCGAGCCCCUCCCGCCCACAGCCUCCGCCAGUGCCGCAGCCCCAGGCCCGCUCUCGGCUCAACGCCACUGCCUCAGUGGGCCAGGUGGAGAGCGAAGCACCCCGAGCUCCUGGACCCCAGGCCGGCCCCAGACCAGGUUUUGGAGAUGCGGCUGCCCCAGCUGAGCCCCGGGCACAGCACGCCAUGAACCGAGAAAGAGUGGAAGGAACCGGACCUGUAAAGGGAGACAUGGAAAUCCUCUUUGAAGAAGUCCUGGAGAAAGCCAAGGCCGGGGACCCCAAGGCGCAGACGGAGGUGGGGAAGCACUACCUGCGAUUAGCCAAUGACGCGGAUGAAGAACUCAACAACUGCACCGCCGUGGACUGGCUGGUCCUCGCUGCAAAGCAGGGUCGGCGGGAGGCUGUGAAGCUUCUUCGCCGAUGCUUGGCAGACAGAAAAGGCAUCACCUCGGAGAACGAGCCGGAGGUGAGGCAGCUGUCCUCCGAGACCGACCUGGAGAGGGCUGUGCGCAAGGCGGCGCUGGUCAUGUACUGGAAGCUCAACCCCAAGAAGAAGAAGCAGGUGGCCGUGUCGGAGCUGCUGGAGAAUGUGGGCCAGGUCAACGAGCAUGAUGGAGGGGCGCAGCCAGGCCCCGUCCCCAAGUCACUACAGAAGCAGAGGCGGAUGCUGGAGCGCUUGGUCAGCAGUGAAUCCAAGAACUAUAUCGCGCUGGACGACUUUGUGGAGAUCACCAAGAAGUACGCCAAGGGCAUCAUCCCCACAAACCUGUUCCUGCAGGAUGAGGACGAUGAUGACGAGCUGGCAGGGAAGAGCCCCGAGGACCUGCCCCUGCGCCUCAGGGUGGUCAAGUACCCCCUGCACGCCAUCAUGGAAAUCAAGGAGUACCUAAUUGACGUGGCCUCCCGGGCCGGCAUGCACUGGCUGUCCACCAUCGUCCCCACCCACCACAUCAACGCCCUCAUCUUCUUCUUCAUCAUCAGCAACCUGACCGUCGACUUCUUCGCCUUCUUUAUCCCCCUGGUCAUCUUCUACCUGUCCUUCGUGUCCAUGGUGAUCUGCACCCUCAAGGUGUUCCAGGACAGCAAGGCCUGGGAGAACUUCCGCACCCUCACCGACCUGCUGCUGCGCUUCGAGCCCAAUCUGGACGUGGAGCAGGCCGAGGUCAACUUCGGCUGGAACCACCUGGAGCCCUACGCCCACUUCCUGCUGUCCGUCAUCUUCGUCAUCUUCUCCUUCCCCCUCGCCAGCAAGGACUGUGUGCCCUGCUCAGAGCUAGCCGUCAUCGCCGCCUUCUUCACUGUCACCAGCUACAUGAGCCUGAGCACCUCGGCUGAGCCCUACACCAGGCGGGCCCUGGUCACCGAGGUCACCGCUGGCCUGCUGUCCCUGCUGCCCUCCGUGCCCCUGGACUGGCGCUACCUGAAGCUCCUCGGCCAGACCUUCUUCACCGUGCCCGUUGGCCACCUGGUCGUCCUCAACGUCAGCGUCCCCUGCCUGCUCUACAUCUACCUCUUCUACCUCUUCUUCCGCAUGGCCCAGCUGAGGCACUUCAAAGGCACCUACUGCUACCUGGUGCCCUACCUGGUCUGCUUCAUGUGGUGUGAACUCUCCGUGGUCAUCCUGCUGGAGUCCACUGGCUUGGGGCUGGUCCGCGCCUCCGUCGGCUACUUCCUGUUCCUCUUUGCGCUCCCUGUCCUGGUGGCUGGCCUCGCUCUCAUGGGCAUGCUGCACUUUGCCCGGUGGUUCGUGUCCCUGGAGCUCACCAAGAUCGUGGUCACCAUGGCAGUCUGCAGCGUCCCCCUGCUGUUCCGCUGGUGGACCAAGGCCAACUUCUCCGUGGUGGAGAUGGUCAAGUCGCUGACGCGGAGCUCCGUCGUGAAGCUCAUCCUGGUGUGGAUCUCAGCGGUCGUGCUCUUCUGCUGGUUCUACGUGUACCGCUCGGAGGGCAUGAAGGUCUACAACUCCACGCUGACCUGGCAGCAGUACGGCUUCCUGUGCGGGCCGCGGGCCUGGAAGGAGACCAACAUGGCGCGCACCCAGAUCCUGUGCAGCCACCUAGAGGGCCACAGGGUCACGUGGACGGGCCGUUUCAAGUACGUCCGGGUGACCGAGAUCGACAACAGCGCCGAGUCAGCUAUCAACAUGCUGCCGUUUUUCGUGGGCGACUGGAUGCGCUGCCUCUAUGGUGAGCCCUACCCCGCCUGCAGUCCCGGGAACACCUCCACGGCCGAGGAGGAGCUCUGCCGCCUCAAGCUGCUGGCCAAGCACCCCUGCCACAUCAGGAAGUUCGACCGCUACAAGUUCGAGAUCACGGUGGGCAUGCCAUACAGCAGCGGGGCCAACGGCCCCCGCGGCCACGAGGAGGACGACGUCACCAAGGACAUCGUGCUGCGGGCCAGCAGCGAGUUCAAGGGCGUGCUGCUCAGCCUGCGCCAGGGCAGCCUCGUCGAGUUCAGCACCGUCCUCGAGGGCCGCCUGGGCAGCAAGUGGCCCGUCUUCGAGCUCAAGGCCAUCAGCUGCCUCAAUUGCAUGGCCCAGCUGUCGCCUGCCAAGCGGCACGUGAAAAUCGAGCAUGACUGGCGCAGCACCGCACAUAGCGCUGUGAAGUUCGCCUUUGACUUCUUCUUCUUCCCAUUCCUGUCAGCUGUGUGAGGGCCUGUCCACGGCUGGGGAAGGCCUCCGUGCAUGAUGCUGUGAGGACCUUUCCCGGUGGCCGCCUGGCCAACGAGCACAGCCCAGUGCUAAGUGUGUGCCCGCGUGUGCAGGUCUGGGCUUCUGAAACCUCUCGUUCAUGUACGGACUGCUCAGGCCCCGACGAGGGGUGACCGCUGUUUCACUGUGUCCACUUUGAAUGCCCGUUGUCGCUGGAAGUUGCAUGCACGGUCUUCACCCACUCUCCCACCCCUUCCGAGUUAGCUGGUGCUUCAGACUGGACUAGAAGGAGUCCCAGGACCCAAAAGCACUUUACAGAUGAAGUCUUCCCUCCUCCCCCACCGCCUCUAAGCACCCUGUGGCUCUUAUUUACUUCUGUGUUGGAUUUGUUUUUUAAUUAAGAAGCAAAUAUGCAUCAGUGUAAACUCAGUGGUAGCAUUUCUUAUUUAUUUGGUUACUGCUAAGCCUUGACAUCUGUUCGCCUUUCCCAGGGCAUGUGCCCAGCUGCCUGAUUCCUGGCCUUAUAGUCAAGCCCUGGCCUGAGCAGAGGCCAGGGGAGGUGGCGGCUCUGGGCAGAGCAUGUCCAUGUUGAGCCCUGGGCACCACAGUCUGCCUGAUGGCUUUCCUGCCCUGUGGGUAGUGGGUGAAUCCGUCAAGACUUGGGAAACAGAAGGAACCCUCAGCAUCCUUUCCCAAUACUCAGAAAAAUUUGGCCAUGUUCAGUACUAUAGAGCAGGAAGUCAGGGUCCUAAAGCAGCCGAAAUAAAAGCCUUUGGCGAAAUCUA